UGACAAUCACACACGUUCAAACCAACCUACAAUUACUCUUUUUUUUUGGGAAGGAAACUACAAUUACUCUACCCAGUACCCACUACUUCCUCAACUCCUCUUUUCCACCAGAAAGUAGUGCAAAAAUAAUUUGACGGAAAAAAGAAAGGUGAAAAAGAAUAACUGUGAAACUUCAAGCUUGCGACUUUCUUUCUCCUUUCUUCCUCAUCUAAUUAGAUUUGCUUUAAUCUAGCAAUAGUUCCAACAAAUGAAUGUCGAAAAUUUUGGGUCCUUGUCCUGCGGUACCCCACCACGUCAUCAUCAUCAUCAAGCUCUUUGUACUAAGUUCCAAGUUCAAUUCUUUGUUUUAUUGUUUUCUCGUCUUCAAGUACUCAAAAAUCUUUGGAUGUAGAGAAGAUGAUUGAGAACCCAAACCCGAAAAUCAAGAUUCAAACGACCCACUUCGAUUUCUUGAAGAACUUCAAGCGGUUCAAGUCUCUGGAGACCUCCUCACCGUGUGGUGUUCUGGGAUGCUUCUUCCUAAGCCUCUGCUUGCUCUGUUCUCUAUUCUUCAUAGACUACAGAACUGUCACCGGCGGGAUCCGGUUUCGUGGGCCCACCCGGUCUUUCACCACCAUGAAUGAAUCUUUGUUGUUGGCUGAAGUGGAUCGGAAAUUAGUGGACUUUCUUCAAGAAGGUGGAAAUGGCUGUGAUAUCUUUGAGGGAAGUUGGGUGUGGGAUGAGAGCUACCCUUUUUAUCAGUCACAAGAUUGCCCAUUCUUGGAUGGUGGCUUUCGUUGUACAGAUAACGGAAGGCCUGAUUCUUUCUAUACUAAAUGGCGCUGGCAACCUAAAGAUUGCAACUUGCCCAGAUUUGAUGCAAAAAAAAUGUUGGAAACGCUGAGGAACAGGAGGGUUGCAUUUGUGGGAGACUCAAUUGGAAGAAACCAGUGGGAGUCUCUUCUUUGCAUGCUCUCUUCUGCAGUUGUUAACAAAAGUUCAAUAUAUGAAGUCAACAGAACUCCAAUCACAAAACAUUCGGGUUUCUUGAUUUUCAAGUUUGAGGAUUUCAACUGUACAGUUGAAUAUUACAGAGCUCCAUUCCUUGUGGUGCAAAGCCGCCCACCUGCUGGUUCACCAAAAGGGGUAAAAUUGACUUUGAAGUUGGAUCAAAUGGAUUGGAGCUCUAGUAAAUGGAAAGGUGCAGAUAUUCUUGUCUUUAACACUGGUCAUUGGUGGAAUCAUGAGAAGACCAUCAGAGGUGGCACUUAUUUUCAAGAAGGUAGACAUAUUAAGAUGAAUAUGACUGUGAAAGAGGCGCUUCAUAGAUCAAUUGUGACAUUAGUUGAUUGGCUGGGGCGCGAAGUAAAUACCUCCAAGACCCAUGUUUACUUUCGUAGCUACGCUCCUGUUCAUUUCAGAGGCGGGGACUGGAGAACUGGCGGCAGCUGUCACCAGGAGAAGCUACCCGAUCUCGGGACCUCUCAAAUGCCGGCGUCCAUGGAGUUCAACACGGUCAUCAAUGCUCUGUCACAAAAACAGGGUGUAGAGCUUCUGAAUGUGACGGGCAUGACGUGGCGGAGAAAAGACGCCCACCUAUCUUUGUAUUAUUUGGGUCCAAACGGAUUGGCGCCUCUACACAGACAAGACUGCAGCCACUGGUGCCUCCCCGGUGUACCCGAUUCUUGGAACCAACUUCUUUAUGCCGUCUUUCUUAAGCGGGACCGAUCCAAUCGUUCCCAGGCCAUCCCACCGGAUUCUGGCCCCUCCUAGCAUUGGGGGGAUCCCGUCUAUGACGGGAAAUGGAGAGUAUGAUUCAUUUGAUGACAUAAUUUAGAAUUUAUUUUUUGCAUUUCUAUGCACAUUUUGUUGUAUAUCAAGGUGCCCCGGAAUGUAAUAGUUGCGAAAAGUAAGUUCACUUUAAGAUAAUGUGGAUAAUUCAAUGUCAUCGAAGAUAGACUUGGAAAUUCAUUUUUGUAAUGACAAA